UUCGACGCGUCUUGCCUUCUCCAGAUCCCCUUUAGCUUUACCUCGGUUUCUUUGUCAUGAUUUUGUCGGGUUGAUCAAAAAUCCCUCUUUCUAAGGUGAAUGGGCGAAUGGGAACCUCCUUGGCGACCAAUUAUCGGUUUUGACAGUCAUCUUACGAUGUUUGCAAAUCUGGUAGCUGCACAGAACUAGUGAAAAUUACACACGCAAGUACUGCCUGGUGACCAUGAGCUCCUCUUUGAGCUCCCCAGCGACAAGUCGCCCGAGUCUCCUUAAUCCCCGCCAGCCCAUCAAGGCGUUGACGGUAGCUUUCUGUCUCUGGAAGGCUCUAGUAUAUCUGGUCAUCAUCAGUUGCCCUGGCCUUGGCUACGACACUUCCACAAGCCAUCUCUACCAUAGCCACAGUCGCCCUGAUGUCACCUCAGAAGACAUCACUUAUGCGCACCUUCCCAUCCCGCUUAAGUUCGUCCGGUGGGAUUCCGUUUACUUCUUGCAUAUCGCCGAAAAUGGCUAUGUCUUUGAGCAAGAGUGGGCGUUUGGCUACGGGUACACUAGAGUCCUUGCCUAUAUUGCCACUGCAUUGCAACGAUUAAUCGGCCCUAGUGGAGCGGCCAGGACCGCUGUCGUGGCGACUGCUCUGUCUCAUAUUGCCCAUUAUCUUGCCGUCUUAGCCUUGUAUAGACUCUCCGUCAACGUAUUUGGCCGUGACACGGCCACCCAAAGACUAAUCUGUUUUCUUUCAGCAGUUCUGCACGUCAUUUGCCCUGCAGGAGCAUUUCUUUCUGCGCCGUAUGGGGAGUCUUUGUUUUCUUUCCUCAACAUCACAGGUUUCUAUGUCUACUCGUCCUCGUUUCUCGAUAACAAGGCGGGGAAGCGUCUAUCCGGCGACGUGAAACUGCUGGUAGCUGCGAUCUUGUUCUCGGCAGCUACUGCAGUUCGUAGCAAUGGAAUCUUAAGCGGUAUUCUGUAUGCUUAUGAUGCUCUUUUGCAGCUUCGGCGGGUUUGGUGCCAAAGGUUAUCAAUUGACGCUUGUGCCCAUCUCUCCGUUAUUAUCAUCAGUGGCUGUGUCAUUGCCCUGGGACUUGUCGUUCCGCAAAUCGUGGCCUAUUCCACAUACUGUGUGGAGGACGAUGCUUCACGUCCGUGGUGUCAAUGGCUUGUCCCUAGUAUCUAUCGCUAUGUUCAAGGACAUUACUGGAAUGUAGGAUUCCUUCGGUAUUGGACCGUCUCCAAUAUCCCACUCUUCAUCCUGGCAAUGCCGAUGCUGGCCAUACUUUGCCGGUCGUCGCUAUGGGCACUGGAUGUGGCAGUGCCCUUUAUCUUUCCGAGAGCCUUAAGCGGAGUGGACCAAGCGUCGUCGUCAGCCACGACAGCCUCCCUUCUUCUCCGACUAGCUGUGCCGCAAGGACUGCUUGCCCUGAUGGCUCUUACCUCUUACCAUGUUCAGAUAAUCAACAGGAUAUCCUCAGGAUAUCCACUGUGGUACUGGUACCUCGUAUAUUUGGUGUCGGGCAACUGGGGGCAAAUGCGACCUUCCCUACAAGACCGCCGCACCUUUACUGUGGCUGUGCGGGGCAUGGUAGCCUAUGCACUGAUCCAGGCCAUUCUGUUUGGGUCUUUCCUCCCGCCCGCGUGAUCCAAUCGCAGGUCUAUAAUAGGGUAUAUGAAGGAUAAUAUAACUCAUAAUAUAAGAAAAGUACCACGGCC